UUGUGCCAAGUUUGGCAGUUACACGGUGAUGGACCUGACGACCAACACUGUUAUUGAUCUGCAGCUGGUUCAGAGCAAUGAAGUUGGAGGAAGUUACCACAUGGAGAAAGAGGGUCUGAAAAGGAGCCUUGCUCUCUUGGAGGCACGUGGUGUGAUUCUGGAGAGCAUUGUCACAGACCGCCACCCUCAAAUCCAGAAAUUCCUGAGGGAGGCCAACAUCACACAGUACUACGAUGUCUGGCACAUGGAAAAAGGACUGUCCAAGAAACUGGUCAAGAUUUCACAGAACAAAGAAUGUGAGAAACUGAAGAAGUGGCUUCGCAGCAUAAAAAACCACAUCUACUGGACAGCCGCUACGUCAACAUCAGGGCCAGAGAGAGUGGCAAAGUGGACCUCCAUCCUUAACCAUGUCCAAGACAUCCACUCCCAUGAAGACCCUGUUUUCCCCCAGUGUUUGCAUCCGCAACACACUUCAAGGGACAACAGCAAAUGGUUGACAGCAGGGACACCAGCCUUCUACAGAUUAGAGAAGGUGUUGAGUAGCAAGAGGGUUCUGAAAGAUGUGGGGAAGCUGAGCCCUCACUACCAGACCUCGUCGUUGGAGUCUUUCCACAGCGUCAUUCUGCGUUUUGCGCCAAAAAAUGUUGUCUUUCCUUUUCUUGGAAUGUUAUGCAGACUCUACCUGGCAGCCCUGCAUUUCAAUGAAAAUGCUGGGCGUCCCCAAGCAACAACUUCAGCUGGUGAGCCGCUAUUUACAGUGAACUUCCCAAAAUAUAAGAAGGGCGAGUGCACAGCAAAGCCGGUGAAAGCAGAUCCAACCUUCCACUACGUGGAUAACCUGUUGGACCUCAUCUUUCACAAGGUUUUUCAGGACCCGGCCCCAUAUCUGAAUGAGGUGCUGAAGAUCCCAAUACCCGAGGAUCUCUCUGCCAAGUAUGAGAAACCUGACAAGCGGGAAGUUAUAGCCAGCUAUGUGUCGAGGUUCAAUCAAGGGCAGCCUGCUAUGGAGGAAGAAGAGCCGCUGUCUGGCUGCCUUUCUGAUGGAGUCUGUGUGGUGGGUCCAGGUCAGGUCAUCAAUGAUGUGGGACUCCUAAGGAACCUGAAGCUGCUGACUACCCACCAGAGGUCAAGCUAA